CAAGCAGAUUCAGUAAGUGCGCGGACAGCGCGAGAGCAGCUUGUAUAGUUAAUUUAAUUUAAUUAAUUUUAAUUUAAUUUAGUGACUUAGUUUAGGUGUUAAGUUUAAUUCAAUAUGUUCCGGUACAUACUAUUAGUGCUUGUCAUCUCAUAUUUUGACUCGUCUAAAGGAAACCCGAUAGCAAAUGAAGUGAUUAGUGAUCAAGAACUCGUUUUUGCAAUGGUUGUUAACCGGCAUGGCGAAAGAACUCCGGACUCCGAGGAACUAUCACUUUCUAAUGAGAAGGAGAAACUGAAGAACUUGACAGACGUAGAAGGGCUUGAAGCACUGACAAAUCUAGGUAAACGAAGGGCGUACCAGAUCGGGAAAUUCAUUCGUCAACGAUACGGAUCGCAAGGGCAGAACUUGGUAUCCAACCUGUACCUCCCUGAUGAGAUAUCAAUCAGGAGUACCGAUAAGGACCGGACGAAGAUGACCAUUCAGGUCGCUAUGGCGGCUGCCUACCCCCCGGAAACUGAGCAGCAGUGGGAUGAAGGUGUCGGCAAAGUUUGGCAACCAGUUCCGUACCACGCCCUGCCAUUGUCUGAAGAUUUUCUCCGCUACUACACAAACUGCGAGAAGUUCCGCAACUUAAUGACGGCAGCUAAAGAAGAAGCUGUACAUCAAGAGUUCGAGCAGUACAAAGACUUAACACACAUGUUGAAAACGCGGACUGGACAGAACUUUACCGAAAAUGUACUUUUGUAUGAGACCCUAUUCGAUUUGUUUCGCAGUCAGGUCGGUCUAGGUCUAGACAUACCGGAAUGGAGCAAACCGUUACUGCCUAGACUCAGUGAAGCCGCCAGACUCGCGUACAGACUUUACUUCAGAACUGAUGAAAUGAAAAAAAUUGGCGGUGGUACUCUCCUUAAUAUAUUUGUGGAAGCUGCCAAGGAUAUAUCAGCUGGAAGACCAGUAUCACACAGGUUGAGAUUGUUCUCCUCGCAUGAUUUCAAUGUGGGUGCUCUAAUGGAAGUGUCCAAGGUGAAGAGUAACCAGAGCAUACCGGAAUACGGGUCUGUAUUCGCGCUGGAGCUCUACAAAUCGAGGAGCAAAGGAGAUCUCAGCGUGCUGCCCGUAUAUCUGCCACAAGCGGGAGAGUCGACAGCUAAACUUAUGUACUUCGAAGGCUGCGAAGCCGACCACUACUGCGACUUCAGCAGAUUCGAAGAGAUGACGAAGAAGUUCCUUCUACCUGAAGAAGAGUUCUACAAGAUCUGUAACAUAAAAACUGGAAUGUAGCGAUGGAAAAAUGUACUUAACUAGUUUAUAAGUGGAGUCAAUAAAAUUGAUUCCUUUAUUAGGUACAAAUUGUAUGUAAUAAGUGUUUAAAAUGACUCUUAGGAUUCUAAAGCUUGCAAUUCAUCAACGUCAUCAUGCCAGCCAUUAUCUUUUUUUCCAAUAGAUGAUAAUGGAACGGUAACCCCGCCCGCGCUAUCGGUAUACACCAGCGGGGCACCAGUGAAGGAUGAUAGGUGAGGAUGAAGCAGUUCAGUUAGCUUAUCGUGACCAAUUCUACAAGAAUUGUUUACGAUGGUUUCAAGGGGGAACCACGUGGAGGUCGACCUAAUAGAGCAUAUUGCUAGCAAUGGGGCUGUCAAACUCCAUUGGUAACAAUUCCUUUCCCCCCAGCAGUGGAAAGUUAACGGUUUUUUUUUGAUGGGUGAAAAUGGUAUGGUAAUCCCACCUGCGCUAACGGGAUACGCUGGCGGAGCACCAGUGAAGAAUGAUAGAUGAGAAUGAAAACAGGCCAGUUAGCCCCUCAUGAUGAAUUCAUCAGGAAUUAACCAUGAUAGUUUCCAGGGAGAACCGCGUGGAGGUCGACCUGGUUGGGUAUAUUGCUAGCAAUGGGAUUCUCAGUCUCCAUUACUAACAAUCCCUUUCCCCCCGACAGUUAACGGUUAAUAUGAUGAUAUAGGACGAAUUUAGGAUUUAUCAAAGAUACAUACGUACGUAUACUGUAUGAUUAGCUUAUAUAGAUAGAAAGUCUCCAUACAAAAACUUCAAGAAAAGCGGGUCAACUUUUUCAUACAAUUUUACGUGAUAAAUAGUCAUAAGUGUUUCCUUUAUAACUUUUAUAUUUAUUUUGUAUUAUAAUUUUUGCAUCUUUUGAAUGUGUUAAAACUCAUUUUAUUUAUUAAACAAUUAAAUAUAGAUACGUCAAGAUACAUUAUGUGCGUAAGUAUAUAUGGCACUGAUAAAAGAACGAGUCAGCUAAUUUGACAAUAACUGAUAAAUAGUUGACCCGUUUUUGAGACUGGAUGCUCUAUCUACAUAAUCUAAGACUGCUUAUUUGCCACUUUUGUGGUAUAAAAAAAAAUUAAAAAAUUUUAUAUAUAUAAAUACAAUUUGUAAAGUAGGUAGGUAGACAUUGCCGUCUGUGAUACGUAAUUAAUUCUGCCAUGUUCCGUUGAACAUUUGUGUCGGAGGGCUCAUUUGACCGUCACCAAUGACGGACACAAUCCGUCACAAUAACGCAUUAGCUACGGACACAAACCGUGUUUUACAUAAAUCAUAAUUUUUACAAACGCGACACGGUCUCUGUAAGCGACGCGUUCUGUGCCUCAAAACUCAAUUAUUAAUAAAAUAGUUUGUCUAUGUCAUUGUCUCUGCGUGCGGUCGUUUUUAAACUUAUAAUCGCCGCAACGGACGCCACGCCCAGUCUACACCUAGAUACGAUCGACACCACACGUCUAUUUAUUACCUGUAAUUAACGAAAAUAAAAUCGAAAAUAAAAUCCAAUUGUUAAA